AUGUCGCUAGAUCUUACCGCAUUAGUGCCGGGUGCUCCUGCCAAUGUACGUUUAUUUAAGUGCCAAACACGAGCCUAUCCACCCAUCCCGAUAUUCUCAAUCAUGUCGACUUUCGGCACAGCUUUCCGUGUGCACACUUACGGUGAAUCGCACUGUCCCAGCGUGGGAUGCAUCGUCGACGGCUGCCCGCCGGGCAUGGCUCUCACCGAAGCCGAUAUCCAACCCCAAAUGACGCGCAGACGUCCUGGGCAGUCAGCGAUCACGACGCCUCGGAAUGAGAAGGACAAAGUUACAAUUCAUUCAGGAACGGAGAAUGGCAUCACUUUGGGUACACCCAUCGCUAUGCAAGUCCCGAACGAGAAUCAGAGAAAGCAGGACUAUGGGAACCAGACCAUGGAUCUCUACCCCCGACCCAGCCAUGCGGAUUUGACCUACCUGGAUAAAUACGGCGUCAAGGCAAGCUCAGGUGGUGGCAGGAGCAGUGCCCGUGAGACGAUUGGUCGAGUGGCUGCCGGUACUAUCGCAGAGAAAUAUCUUCGAGAGGCGUACGGUAUCGAGAUCGUAGCAUUCACCUCGGCCGUAGGCAACGAGUUCCUUUUCCCGCCCUCCCCAGAACACCCAGCUCCCAUGAUGAACCCCGAAUUCCUCAAGCUUAUUGGCAGCAUAUCGCGCGAAAAAGUGGACGAGUUCCUGCCCGUACGAUGCCCAGACGAGGCCGUGAGUAAGCGCAUGGAGGACCUCAUCGCCUCUUACAAGGAUAAGCAAGACAGCAUUGGCGGCCUUGUGACGUGCGUGAUUAGAAAUGUUCCCACGGGCCUAGGGGAGCCUUGCUUCGAUAAAAUCGAGGCGAAGCUCGCGCAUGCCAUGAUGAGCAUUCCCGCUACCAAAGGGUUUGAGAUCGGCAGUGGUUUCGGCGGAACCCAGGUCCCUGGCUCCAUUCACAACGAUCCUUAUAUCAAAGCACCCGCCACACCCGCUGGAACAACACCUUCGGGACAUCCAUCGAGGAAGACACCCGUACUGACAACGAAGACUAACAACGCUGGAGGUAUUCAAGGAGGCAUCACGAAUGGUGCUCCUAUCUACUUCACGACCGCCUUCAAGGCACCAGCGACGAUUGGACAGGCCCAGUCGACGGCGACUUACGGCGCAGACGAGGGUGUACUCGAGGCCAAGGGCAGGCACGAUCCCUGCGUGGUUCCCAGGGCGAUCCCGAUCGUGGAAGCGAUGGCAGCGUUGGUAGUAAUGGAUGCACUCUUGAUUCAAUCAGGGAGGGCAGCGGCCAAGAGCCUCCUGCCACGCCUGGAUGGAGUCGUGCCGACCAAUGGCAGUGCAGAAGCAUUGUGA